GUUGGAAGCUAUAAAAGUACUUGCAGACCUCCCGCCCGGGUAUAUUCUCGCUCAGCUAUCACUUGGCUUUGCGUGAUUGCGUCGUUGAAAGAUUUGCUCUACACUUUGGAAUAAUCAUGCAGAUCUUCGUCAAAACACUCACCGGUAAGACUAUUACCCUCGAGGUGGAGCCUAGCGACACCAUCGAAAAUGUGAAGGCAAAGAUACAAGACAAAGAGGGUAUCCCCCCUGACCAGCAGCGUUUGAUCUUCGCUGGCAAGCAACUCGAGGAUGGUCGCACACUGUCAGAUUACAACAUCCAAAAGGAGUCGACCCUUCACCUGGUUCUGCGACUUAGGGGAGGCAUGCAGAUAUUUGUGAAGACCUUGACCGGGAAAACAAUCACCCUCGAGGUGGAGCCCAGCGACACUAUUGAAAAUGUGAAGGCAAAGAUCCAAGACAAAGAAGGCAUUCCCCCGGAUCAGCAGCGUCUGAUCUUCGCCGGCAAACAGCUCGAGGAUGGCCGAACGCUGUCGGAUUACAACAUCCAAAAGGAGUCUACACUCCACCUUGUGCUGCGCCUCCGUGGAGGUAUGCAAAUCUUCGUGAAGACACUGACUGGCAAGACUAUCACUCUAGAAGUUGAGCCCAGUGACACGAUUGAAAACGUAAAGGCGAAGAUACAAGACAAGGAAGGCAUCCCCCCAGAUCAGCAGCGUUUGAUCUUUGCUGGUAAGCAGCUUGAAGAUGGUCGUACCCUCUCGGAUUACAACAUCCAGAAAGAAUCCACGCUCCACUUGGUUUUGCGUCUGCGCGGUGGCAUGCAGAUUUUCGUGAAAACUCUCACUGGCAAGACUAUCACCCUCGAAGUUGAACCUAGUGACACAAUCGAAAAUGUGAAAGCAAAAAUUCAAGACAAGGAGGGCAUCCCACCUGAUCAACAGAGGUUGAUCUUUGCCGGCAAGCAGUUGGAAGAUGGUCGCACCCUCUCGGACUAUAACAUUCAAAAGGAGUCCACCCUUCAUCUUGUGUUGCGUCUGCGCGGUGGCAUGCAGAUCUUCGUAAAGACUCUGACUGGGAAAACCAUCACACUCGAAGUUGAGCCCAGUGACACAAUUGAAAAUGUCAAGGCAAAAAUCCAGGACAAGGAAGGGAUUCCUCCGGAUCAGCAGAGGCUGAUCUUUGCCGGCAAGCAACUUGAAGAUGGCCGAACACUCUCGGAUUACAAUAUCCAAAAAGAGUCUACCCUUCACCUCGUCCUUCGUUUGCGAGGUGGUAUGCAGAUUUUUGUGAAGACUCUCACGGGCAAGACCAUCACACUGGAAGUUGAACCCAGUGACACUAUUGAGAACGUUAAGGCAAAGAUCCAGGACAAGGAAGGGAUCCCACCUGAUCAGCAGCGGUUGAUCUUCGCCGGAAAGCAGCUAGAAGAUGGUCGUACCCUGUCUGACUACAACAUUCAGAAGGAGUCUACACUCCACUUGGUUCUGAGGCUGCGCGGAGGAAUGCAGAUCUUCGUCAAGACGCUGACUGGGAAGACCAUUACCCUGGAGGUCGAACCCAGCGACACGAUUGAGAAUGUAAAGGCGAAGAUCCAGGACAAAGAGGGAAUCCCUCCCGACCAGCAGAGGCUCAUCUUUGCAGGAAAGCAGCUGGAAGAUGGACGCACUCUCUCGGAUUAUAACAUCCAGAAGGAGUCCACGCUUCACUUGGUGCUGCGCCUUCGUGGUGGCUGCUGAAUUGAGAACUUUGUCGACCCUAAAGCUUUAAAGUUUAUUUGUGGAACUUGACCAAAUAAAAUUUAUUCAGGAGUUCA